CGGGCAAAGUAAAAGUAGUAAACCAGUGAGAAUUAGGUAGACAAGGCAAGUACCACAGGCGCGCACAAUGUGGACGCCUUCUAUCAAACAGUCAACCGAAUUUCCAGAUCCCUUAUUCCCGUGUUUAUGUUAAUCAUAUCAUUAUCAUCAUCAUAGCAAUUAUCACCAUUCAUCCUCACCUAAUCUCUUUCUUCCGUUUCCUCCUCUCAAUCGAACGCUGAAAAAAACCAGAGAGGAAUCAAGAGGAGGAAGCCAUCACCAAGAAGUUGAAUCUUCCAGUUAUGGGUGUGAUAAAGGCAGCAAUUGCUGAUGGGCUGUUGACUUUCAUGUGGGUUUUUUGUGCUUCAUCUUUGGGAGUACUAACUUCCUUGAUUGCUGCUGCUCUUGGGGUGGCUAAGACCCAGUGGUUAACUUCUCUGUUCAUCACCACGGUGCUUGUUUUUGUUUUCUUGUUCGUUUUUUCAAUCAUUGGUGAUGCCCUCGGUGGAGCCACCUUCAACCCCACCGCCACCGCCGCCUUUCAUGCCGUCGGUCUUGGUGGCUCCAACUCUCUUUUCUCCGCCGCCCUCCGUUUCCCUGCCCAGGCAGCUGGUGCAGUGGGUGGUGCUCUUGCUAUUAAGGAGUUUAUGCCGGUGCAGUAUAAACACAUGCUGGGAGGACCUUCUUUGAAGGUUGACUUGCAUACCGGUGCUAUUGCUGAAGGUGUUUUGACGUUUACAAUCACCUUUCUUGUACUCUUAAUCGUCCUGAGGGGACCUAGUAGCCCACUUUUAAAAAAUUGGUUGCUCUCCAUGUCAACUGUUGCAUUAGUGGUUGCAGGUUCUAGCUACACUGGCCCCUCCAUGAAUCCUGCCAAUGCAUUUGGGUGGGCGUAUAUAAAUAACAGGCACAACACCUGGGAGCAGUUCUAUGUCUAUUGGAUUUGCCCCUUUGCUGGGGCAAUAUUGGCUGCUUGGGUUUUCAAAGCUCUUUUUCCACCUCCCACAAAGGAAAAGAAAACUUAAAAUAGGAAUUUAGGUGAUUCAUUGUCUAAAAAAUUAGCUUUGUCAACUGUGCAAAGUUUUAUCCUGUUUUAGUAGUUGCAAACUUCAGAGUUCAUAUGCCUAAUCCAUUUUCUACCGUUGAAUAUGUUCAGUUUACUGGACUGUCAUAUAGGAUUUUGGAUUCUUGACAUGAUCAUAAUCAAUGUAACUACUCAUUGAUACUUUGCUAGCUUAACUUCUAUUUGCUUCUUCAGAUGAUGUGAUUGUGUUAAUCGGAGUGUGUCAAAUGUUAAUUUGCUUUUGGC